GUUUUCCGGAAGUAGCUCUUGGAUGCCGACGAAUGCCACGUCGAGGCCAUUUUGUUUUAGUAAACGUUGCAUGACAACACACACCUUGCUAUCUAGAUCUCGUAGCUGCCUGAAGUUCAGCACAUUUUCAUCUGGAAAAUGGGAGGAUCUGCAAGUACAGAGGUUCCUGGAGGAGGCACAGAAGGUUACCAUGUUUUACGAGUUCAAGAUGGUUCCCCUGGUCAUAAGGCAGGCCUGGAAGCAUUUUUUGACUUCAUUGUUGCAAUUGGAAAUACACGUCUUAACCAGGAUAAUGACACUCUGAAGGAACUCCUCAAGGCCAACAUAGAGAAACCAUUGAAGGUGACGGUGUACAGCAGCAAGACACAGAACGUACGGGACAUCAGUCUCAUCCCCUCACACAACUGGGGCGGUCAGGGGCUGCUUGGGGUCAGCAUCAGAUUCUGUUCCUUUGAGGGUGCAAAUGAAAAUGUGUGGCAUAUCCUGGAAGUCCAGCCCAAUUCCCCAGCUGAUUUGGCAGGCUUGAAGUCAGACUCAGAUUUUGUGAUUGGAGCAGAUUCUGUCCUGCAUGAGUCUGAGGAUCUGUUCACCUUGAUCGAGUCUCACGAGGGGAAGGCGCUGAAGCUGUACGUCUACAACACAGACUCGGACUCAUGUCGCGAGGUCACCAUCACACCCAAUGGAGGCUGGGGUGGCCAGGGCAGCCUUGGCUGCAACAUCGGCUACGGAUAUCUUCAUCGGAUCCCCAAGCGUCAGUUCCCCUCGGGCAAAGGCCAAGUUCUCAACAACGCAGUCAUCCCAACAGCUCCUCCCCCCUCGCCCCCUCGGGACGGCUUCUCAGAGGUCCCGUUGAGCAGUUCUCCCCCUCAAGUGUCCAGCAUUACCCCAGGUGUGGCACAGAUGUCUAUCAAUGCAGGUAGCCCCACAAUUCCCGUCAUUCCACCACAGUCAGCAACUUCCCAGAUCCCAGGCACAGAUUUGCCACCUCCAGCUGCCCUGCCCAACCUGACAAACCUUCCAGGACUGACCACUCCAAUCUCACUGCCUGGCCUUCCCCCAGUGUCGUUACCUCCCCUGACUGCCUCUGGUCCUCUGGGGCCAUUGCCUCCCUUGACAGCUGGAAUGCCUCAGCUGCCGAUGUCAUUACCAGCACCCGCUCCACUGCCGGCCUUCCCCAGCCCUCUGCCGGCCGGCUUCACUGCCCCGGUCCCAGGCGCGGUGCCUGCAGUCAGCGCCGGUGUCGUCCCCCCCACACUGCCCGCUGCCCCCCCAGCAGCUGUCGCGGGGAACGGGCCCAGCGCUCUCGGUCAAAUCGACGUUUCGGCGAUGGCCGCAGCUGCAGUAACGAACAAUGCCAGUGCUUCUUCUUCUCCUCCUCCCCCUCCCGUGGCGGGAGUGUCGUCUUAGCCUGGGUGUGGCAGCGGAAGCCGCGGAUUGACUGUUGCUGGGUGGUCGAGGGCUCGCUGGUGCCUGCUGGUGUUGGAGCAAGAGUUGUGUUGCUAAUUUUCGUUUUCCGUUUUGAGCUCAAGUCGUACAGUACAGCAAGCAAACACCCCUGUACCUGCUGGGAGAUAUUGUUGUUGUAGUAUGAAAUUUUGCCGUCGUCUAGGUCUUAUUUAAGAAUUAAUUAAUAUAAAUCAUGAACUUUAGAAAAUAAUGCUGAUGUGGGUUUUUUUUUUCUUUUUUUGCACUGUGUGCGAUCAGAUAUGGAAGUGAACUGUGGAUUUCCUCAAGGAAGCGCAUCCUCAGGUAUUCAAAUUUCCCUGUCAGUGUUAAAAAGUUUUUCCUACUGCUUUAGGUACCUGUCCUUUGCUGUGUGUAUAAAUAUUUUUACGGAGAUCUGACA